AUGAGAGCCAUUCGGAUACAACCGACUCAGGCGUCUCCGUCUCCGCUUCCACAACUACCAUUGCCCGUGCGCUCCAAUAGCAAGCCGCUGCUACGACAUCACGAGGACAUCCGCUGCAUUGUCACCACUGGUCUAUUUUUUACCGCAUUUGUUGUCACUUGGCUAAAUUUCGCAUCGCCUUUCGCUGGUGGCCUGCUUUCUUUUACCCUAUGGCUCGCCCUGUUUCAGCUGUCAUUCAUGGGCGCUGUCACAACCCACAACGCCAUUCACUUGCCUGUCUUCUGGGGUAAGAACUGGAACAAGUUCUACCAGGUUUGCUUGUCUCUGCAGUAUGGCGGUGCUGUCUCCAUUUUUGUGCCAGGACACAACUUGUCUCACCACAAGUAUCCCCAACAAGCAAAAGACGUCAUGCGCACUACAAAGGUUCGGUAUAGCUGGAACCUCUUGAACGGUCUCUUGUUCUUCUGGCAUGUUGUUCUAUCCGGAAACAAGGAUGACAAGUUGUAUUUCGCGGCCCAAGCCCGUCUUAACCGACCCAUUGUGAAACAGCGCCAGCUUGAAGAGAUUGCAGUCUGGGGUACUACCGCCGUGCUCAUCUUGAUAGAUUGGCGCCGAUGGAUCUGGUUUGCGCUACUCCCACAGUUCUACGCCAAGUACUGUAUCUUGUCGUUGAACUUCCUUCAGCACGACGGGUGCGAUAUGAGCUCCAAGUAUAACUUUGCGCGCAACUUCACUGGCAAGACGCUGAAUUAUCUGUGCUUCAACAACGGAUACCACACCGUUCAUCAUCUGCAUUCUGGGCUACAUUGGUCCGUCUUGCCGCAGAAGCACGAUGAGCUCAUUGGACCUCAAAUUGCGCCCAGCCUAGAGGAUUCUAACAUUCUGAUCUACAUGUGGCGCACUUUCAUCUAUCCAGGUCUCCGCCUUGACUACAAAGGCAACCGACUCAUAAUCACAAAGGAGCAGUAUGAGAUGCCCGAUGAGCCGUGGUUCUAUAAUGAGGCAGAAACCUUCUCAAAUACGAAGGAGUAUCUAGCCAAGGGCAUGGAAUAA